UCCCUUUGAAACCCAAAAACCCGCGGAGCUUCGGCGCGGGUCGAUACGAACAUCGCCUCAAUGGCCAUGGCGCCGUCGAUGGAGGAGUCCCUGGACGUGGUGAAGCAAGCGCUGCAAGAGUCCCUGAUGAAGGCCGAAGAGGCCAUCGACCUCACAGACGGCGAAGCCCAGGAGGCUUUGCGGCGCUCUGAGCAGGAGAAGGAGGAGCUGAUGCAGGAGCUGCGGUAUCUCCGUGCGGAGGUGAGCCGCUUGCAAGACUCCGGAGCCACCGAGGCUUCCCUGGGCCGAGUGGACCAAUUCGCCAGGGAGGCCACCUGUCACGGCGGGGCAUGGCUCCCCUGGAGCUAUUGGUGCGUCUCCUGCACACCUCCCUUGGAGGCGGAGGUGCACGUGCUCAAAGCCAAGAGCCUCAGCCGCGGCUGAGGUCGAGGUGGAGGAGGUCCUGAGCGAAUUUGUUGCAAGUGCAAUGUGUGCGAGGCCCCCUGCGAUUCCGCCCCGCCCUCUUGGACGGCAGGAUCGGCUCGGCAGGGGCGGCUCCGCUGAAUUCUCCCCAAAGGGAGGGCGUGGCUCAGAAUGGCGAAUGCCAAGCUUUGGCUUGCUUCCAAGCAACGGACGCGGAAGGAAAGUGGCGGCUUGGGCCAUUUUGAGACUCAGUGC